UCAAGUUCAACUGUUUUCACAAUGUCAAAGGCUUCAAUGAAACGGGUCGAGUCUAGCAUGUUUAGAUCUCUAGCAACUCCCCUCCUAAGCGGUACGCCUGCAAGCAGUAAACAACCUAGCAUCGCUCCGCUCACGCGCAUGCGCGAUUUUAUCAAAAACUGGAUCCCCCUAGUGGGUGUUUUAACGCGUUACACACGACUAGAUGCGGAGAUGGACGUGCGAGGCGGAAUAACACUGGGGUUAAUAACAAUAUCGCAGAGCAUAGCUCACGCGAACAUCGCACAUGUUGGUCUCAUAAACGGCCCGUACUCCUGUGUUUGGCCGGUUUUAAUAUAUGCCCUUUUUGGCACGUCGCCGCACAUGUCGGUGGGGACAGGCGCUAUGAUGGCGUUGAUGACGGGUGAACAUGUCGCGCACAUUCCAGACCUGGCAACCAGAACUGCGGUUGGUUGCCAGUUGGCUCUGGUCAGUGGAAUUGCCAUGUGCAUUUUGGCGCUGCUUCGACUGUCGUCCCUCGUGCGUUUUAUAUCCAGGCCGGCGCUGUCGGGAUUUGUCACUGGUGCGGCGUUCGUGAUAGUAGCAUCGCUUAUGAAAGACUUUUUCGGUCUACAUCACCUACCCAAGGGCGUUGACUUCUUUGAAAAUAUGUAUCUUGUCGGAUUGCGUCUAAACGAGGCGUCACCAGCAGUCACCGCCCUGAGUUUACUCACAGUCGGAAUAAUUUGGAUCUUCGCGCGAUAUCGGACGCAUUUCCGGCGCAUUCAGUUCAUAGCCGGUUACAAGGAACUAGUGGCUGUCGCCGUUACGACAGUGCUUGCGUAUUCACUAUCUUGCCAACAUCGCCGCGGUUUGCUGGAGGAAUUUGGAGUCGAUGAUGGAUGGGAGAAGUACAUCCCACAUGUUGGUCUUGUUCCCCCUGGUUUACCCUCGUUGGUCCUCCCUCCCCUCAGUGGUCUACCGGCUGUUCUCCCUGAUGGCAUCAUGGUCGCUUUCAUGUGCUUUAUCUCGAGUUACGCUGCUGCUAAGAAGUUUGCUAUCGUUGAUGGGUAUGAGAUUCAUGCGGGCACCGAAUUAGGCGUUAUGGGCGUCGCCAAUCUCGUCGGUUCAGUUUUCGGUGCCUUUCCGGUCCAGGGCGGUCUGUCGAGGACCUGCAUAAGCCAUAGUAUAGGCGUGCGGACACAGGUUGCCGGUAUUGUCGCUGCACUCAUCGCUAUUGGGGGACUUACCUUUUUAACGUCACUGAUGUAUUGGAUACCCAAUGCGGCCCUCGCCGGAAUCAUCAUAUCGGCAACGCCCCAUCUCACCGACUUUCACUUUGCGAGAUGGUUAUGGCACAAUUCUAAACGAGAUUUUGCCGUUUGGUUGGUAGCUGUUGGAGGUACACUGUUGAUGGGCCUGCUCCAGGGGGUUUUUCUGUCUAUGGUUUUGUCGGUGACUCUAAUGGUACAGCAAAUUGCGAUGCCACCAACGAACGCUAUGGGCAGAUUGUCAAACGGCCAUUGGCGAGCCUUAGCAUACUGGCCUACUACUGCCAAGACCAUACCCGGCCUGUUGGUUUUUGGUGUCGAUGGUCCGCUGCUGUUUGUCAACUGGGAUCAUGUGAAAGACAAGCUACUACAUACCGAGCAGAGAUACAGUCGUCACUGCCGCAAGUCGGUCCAGGCGGUCGUGAUGCAGAUGGUUGCCGUGCCAUUCAUCGACGCUACUGCUAUUCAGGGCCUAGAAGAGCUCGCUGUAGAAUUGCAAGGCCGGGGAGUUACUCUGUGGUUUGCUGGUGCCCAUGGUAGCGUGAGAAGAAUGCUGGAGACGAUACUGGUGGAGCGACACAUUAUCGACCAGACUGAUUUGGUACAGCAAGUCGAAGCAGUAGUUCAACAAGCUUUGCGUCAUAUUGAUCUGCCAGUGACAACUCAAGCUGCAGUUAUUAUUCAAAGAUGGUGGAGAAAUCGCCGACAAUCGCUUUUAUAUGAUGGAGAAUAUAGUGAUGUUGAUCAAUACGCCAACGUAUCGUGGGCAGUGGACGAUAGUACUCUCGAAGAGAUGUAUCGUAACCAAUCAGUUAGGCUGAUUCCAUCUUCGUCUGACUUGUUUCACGAAUAUCACCAAAUGGGCAAUUCGAGAAGCGGUCGGAGUUAUUCUGCGGAGUAAUUACUUUAAUAUAACCGACGCAGGUCUU